CUUUUGGACACCGCACUUCAAGAAGCAAUCGAACGUGACAGCUGCAAAGCAUAAGCACGGUUUUGUUACUGCGAUUCCGUAGGCCAUGGAUCCGCGACGCGCCUGCUGGGAGAGCUCGUCGGAGGACGUCACGAGGCCGCUGCUGCCAGUGCAGGAGGACGGGCCGACGGGACGCUCCUGCUCCCCGCUCAAGUCAGUUCUCGCCAACAAGUACCUGGCGGUGGCGUCCGGGCCGCUGGCGUGCGCGGUGAUCUGCACCCUCGGGGACCUCGGCGGGCACCCCGCGGCGCGCAACAUGCUCGGCGUGCUGGCCUGGGUGUUCCUCUGGUGGAUCACGGAUGCCGUGCCGCUCGCCGUCGCGUCCAUGGCGCCGCUGUUCCUCUUCCCCCUGUUCGGCAUCGCCUCUUCCGACGCCGUCGCCAAGGCCUACAUGGAGGACGUCAUCUCCCUCGUCCUCGGCAGCUUCAUCCUCGCGCUCGCCAUCGAGCACUAUAGCAUCCACCGCCGCCUCGCUCUCAACAUCACGUCGCUGUUCUGCGGUGACCCGGUGAAGCCACACCUGCUGCUCCUUGGCAUCUGCGGCACGACCAUGUUCAUCAGCAUGUGGAUCCACAAUGCGCCGUCCACCGUCAUGAUGCUGCCGGUGGCGACGGGGAUCCUUCAGCGGUUCCCGCGCGACGAAUUGGAGGGCGUCGCCAACGCACGGGAGGUCCAGCGGUUCUCCAAGGCGUUGGUGCUCGGCGUCGUGUACGCGUCGACGAUCGGCGGGAUGGCGACGUUGACGGGCACGGGCGCGAACAUCAUCCUUGUAGGUAUGUGGUCCACGUACUUCCCGGAGCAGGACCCCAUCACCUUCAGCAAGUGGAUGUCCUUCGGGCUCCCCAUGGCGCUUGUCCUGUUCAUGGCGCUCUGGGCCACGCUCUGCCUCAUGUACUGCUCCAAGAACACCGGGAGGGCGCUCUCUGCCUACCUGGACCGGAGCCAUCUCAGGAGGGAGCUCAGCUUGCUGGGCCCGAUGUCAUUUGCAGAGAAGAUGAUUUUGGCCGUGUUUGGGGCUCUCAUUGCCCUAUGGAUGACCAGGAGCCUGACAGACGACAUCCCUGGGUGGGCAAUCCUCUUCGACGGCAAAGUUGGGGAUGGAACCGUCACUAUCAUGAUGGCGACGCUGCUGUUCAUCAUCCCGAGCGGCAAGAACGACGGCGAGAGGCUCAUGGACUGGGGCAAGUGCCGGAAGCUGCAGUGGAACAUCAUCCUGCUCCUCGGAGCGGGCUUCGCCAUCGCCGACGGGUUCAAGGCGAGCGGCCUGACCGACAUCCUCUCCGAGGGCCUGGGAUUCCUGAAAGGCGCACCGGCUCUGGUCAUCGCACCCGUGACCUGCAUUUUUAGUGGCGUCAUCACGGAGUUCACCUCCGACGACGCCACCACCACGCUGGUGCUGCCGCUGCUCGCCGAGCUGAGCAAGUCCAUCGGCGUGCACCCGCUGCUGCUCAUGAUCCCCGGCACGGUCGGCGCGCAGCUGUCUUUCCUGCUGCCCACGGCGUCGCCGCCAAACGUCGUCGGGUUUGGCACCGGCUACAUCUCCAUCAAGGACAUGGUGAUUACCGGAAUGCCACUGGGAGUCGUCGGCAUUGCAGCUCUUACAAUCCUACUGCCUACAUUAGGCUCCCUGGUUUUUGGCGUGGAUAAGUUUUAGGAGCUCCCUGGUUUUUGGCGUGGAUCAUAAAUUUUAGGGACGUGCACAAGACACAGAUGUUGUGGAACGUUUCAGCCUGUAGACUGUAGGAUGUCUAGAGAUAGUCUAGAAGUACGUGUCCAAGCCGCACAGUUCGUCGGUGCCAUUGUUGCGGCAUUGCCCCAUGAAGGAUACGGGGUAGUAUUCUUUGUUCCAUUUUGGAGAUAGGAUAGAGAUCUGUACCGAUUGAUUUCGUAAGAGAUUUCGAACUUA